CAAAUACACACACACAUAAAUGCACAUGCACAAACACACAAAUGCUGCACAUAUGAAACAUCUUUCCAAAUGUGACUGCAUAGAACUUGUGCGCUUGUCUCAAACGUUCCACUGCUCUCUCCUUCAUUCUGUCUCUCUCUUCAUCCCUCACUCAUUCCCCUUUCUCCUUUCAUCCAUUUGUCCUUUUUGUCCCCCUUUUCGACUCCUUAAGUCACAGGUACAAACAGUUACAUUGUAUUUUCCCUUCCUGCUCUUUCUCUCUCUCCCCAUCUCUCCCUCUUUCUCUCCCCCUCUCUUUAUCCAUAUUCCAAAGCCUACAUUUUUCUCUUCCUCUUUUUUCCUGGUUUUAUCUCGUUUCUCCUCACUUGCUGGCACAUUCGCCUUCCCUCUCUCUCAUUUCCCCUCAGUCACACAUCCAGACCCCCCCCCUUCUCCUUCUCUCUCCCCCUCUCCCUCUCCCCCUCUCUCUCUCUCUUUCUCUUUCUCUGUUGCUCAUUCCCAUUCUCACUCAGGGAGACAUUCAGCAUCCCUCUCCCUCCUGCCUUCAGCACCCUUACCUUGGAACCGUUCACCCCCAGGCACUUCUCUCUCUCCCUCUCUCUCUCUCUCACUCUCUCUCUCUCUCUCUCUCUCUCUCAAGCACUCAUUUGCCCUCUCUGCUUCCCUCUCUCUCACACACACAUACAUUCAAAUGCAGCGUUACCCUCUCCCUCUCCGUCUCCGUCUCUCUCUCCGUCUCCGCCGCUCUCUGGUUCCCUCCCGCUCUCUCCCUCUCCGCGCGCUCCAUGCCAACUGACACCCAAGGACAGCGCACCCUCCCUCUCUCUCUCUCUCCGCCCGGCUUCCCGCGGCACCGGCACAUCGUCGCCCGCCUCGCCUGAAGGAGCUGGAAGAGGACGAGGAAGAGGAGGAAGAGGAGGAAGAGGAGGAGGACGAAGCAGCGGGGACCCGUAACCAUGGAGCACAGCCACAUCUUCACCUCUCUGCCCCCCAACAGCAGCGUGUGGAGCCCCAGCCAGCCCCUCCAGGGCUGUCCCCUUGGCCCCCUGCCCGUCAUCUACUACAGCACCCUGCUCUGCCUCGGCCUGCCCGCCAACAUCUUGACGGUCAUUAUCCUGUCCCAGCUGGUGUCGCGGCGUCAGAAGUCCUCCUACAACUAUCUCCUGGCGCUGGCGGCCGCCGACAUCCUGGUGCUCUUCCUCAUCGUCUUCGUGGACUUCCUGCUGGAGGACUUCAUCCUGGGCGCCCAGCUGCCCCCCUCCCUCAACAAGGCGGUGCAGGUGCUGGAGUUCUCCUCCAUCCACACCUCCAUCUGGAUCACCGUGCCGCUCACCGUGGACCGCUACAUCGCCGUCUGCCACCCGCUGCGCUACCACACCGUGUCCUACCCGGCCCGCACCCGCCGCGUCAUCCUGGCCGUCUACCUGGGCUGCCUGCUCACUAGCGCCCCCUUCUACUGGUGGCCGGACCUGUGGCAGGGGCUGCCGGGUGGCGGGGGCAGCCUGGGGCAGCAGGUGCUGGUGUGGGCGCACUGCGCCACCGUCUACCUGGUGCCGUGCUCCAUCUUCUUCGCCCUCAACUCGGUGAUCGUGCACAAGCUGCGGCGGCGCAGCUGCUUCCGCCUGCGCGGCUACUCCACGGGCAAGACCACCGCCAUCCUGCUGGCCAUCACCUCCGUGUUCGCCGUGCUGUGGGCGCCGCGCAUGGUGAUGAUCGUCUACCACCUGUACGCCGCGCCGCCCGCCGCGCCCGGCCCCGCCCGCCUGCUCCACCUGGUCAACGACGUGGCCAACAUGCUGGCGCUGCUCAACACCGGCAUCAACUUCUUCCUGUACUGCUUCAUCAGCAAGCGCUUCCGGGGCAUGGCGGCCACCAUGCUCAAGGCCUUCUUCCGCUGCCAGAAGCAGCCCGCGCCCUUCUACGCCAGCCACAACUUCUCCAUCACCAGCAGCCCCUGGAUCUCGCCCGCCAACUCCCACUGCAUCAAGAUGUUCGUCUACCAGUACGACCGGAACGGGAAGCCCGUCUGCAUCUCCUCCUGAGGCCUGGCCGCCCGGUCCGUCGGCCGAUUCGCUCCACGCCCAGCCCCGCUAACCCACCCCCGUCGGCUCGCGUAGCGUCGCCGUGGCGACCAUAUUGUCCCUCGUCUUCUUCCUCUUGCCCGUUGUCCUUCAGUUCCGGUGCGUGGGCUGAGAGAGAGGGAUGAGGAACACCCCCCUGGUGUGAGGGGGAUUGAGGAGAGGCCCCUGAUUGGCCUUUCCCCGCACCAUGUGACUGAGGCGGGGCCUUGUGCUGAGAGGGGGCAUGUCUCUCUGGCUCCAUGUUUCUCCUCGACAGCUUUGUGAAGCUCUCUGAAUCUGUGAAGCUCCAAAGCUCCGAAUCACUGGAGCUCUAAAGCUCUGAAUCUUUAAAGCUCUGAAGUGCAAUAGCCCUGAACCGGAAGCUCAGACGAUCUGAAUCUCUGAAUCUCUGAAGCUCAAAAGGUCUGAAAUCGGAAGCUCGAAAGCUCCGAAUCUUUGAACCUCCGACGCUCUGCGCACAGCCACGUUCCUGACUGACAGGCACGCGUUGCCGGGGUGACCUGAGCACCCGUAGUCUCAGCAGAGGCUUUUCUGUUAUUGUUCGACCAGCAACUCAUGCCAAGAACUUUUCCAUCUCAGAGGUGCAAAAAAAAAAAUAGUGAAUAAUAUAUAUAUAAAUAUAUAAAUGAAUAAGGGAUGGACAGGUGCCUGUACUGACUAUUGAGUUUGGAGGCGAUUGUUUGGCCUCCACACACAGAAUGUAAUUGCGAUGUUUGGGAUCCCAAUCCAGUGCCGUGCACAUUGAGGAACGGGCUGAGUGGGGGGGGGGGGGGGGAGGGCAAGCGUGCCAAUGCUACUGGUGUUCACUUUUCAGAUUUUUGUAUUUCGUUUUCUAGUAUGUACUCGUGCGUGAAGCCUUGUGGUCCUUGUGAGCGUGAUGUCACAAAACCCAGCACCGUGGCCCUUUAAAAAAAGACAAAAAAAAAGUACUUCCCCUGGUGCUGGGCGGCAUCGCAGCGUUUUAGAGUAAGGUCCCCCCCCCCCUCUCUUGGGGUGUGUUCCAACUCCUGACUUACCCAUCUCGUACCCGGGCCCAAAACAAGGAGGUGCUUCUGCCCGCUAGGUCUCGUCUUCAAAGCAACAGACAAAAAAUUAGCUGAAAUAAUUAAGGGGGCCCAGCGUCUGGCGGGAGUCCCCAUGGCCGGCCCACCGCGGCCCUCGUCCGCGCCGCGGCCAGUAACGGCGGCCAUGUUUCCCAGGGGUGCGCCGUGGACGCCAGAGCCCUGCGCCUGGGGGGGCCUGGGGGCCUGGGGGCC